CCCACUCCCACCGCCGCGCCACGCCACCCGCGAUGGCCGGCGGCCGCGCGUUCCGGCCGUCCGCGCCGCGGCGCGCGGCGUUCGCAGCGCUCCUGACGCUGCUCCUGCUGGCGUCGCUCUCGUUCUUCCUCUCCUCGGCGCCGGCCUCGUCCCGCCCCCGCCUCUCCUCGGUGUCCCCGCCGCCGUCGCGCCUCGCGGCCAUCCGCCGCCACGCGGCGGACCACGCGGCGGUGCUCGCGGCGUACGCCGCCCACGCGCGGAGGCUCAAGGAGGCGUCGGCGGCGCAGUCGCUGUCGUUCUCCGCGAUGUCGUCCGACCUCUCAGCGCUCUCGUCGCGCCUCGCCUCCCACCUCUCCCUCCCCGAGGACGCGGUGAAGCCACUGGAGAAGGAGGCGCGUGACCGCAUCAAGCUCGCCCGCCUCCUCGCCGCCGACGCCAAGGAGGGGUUCGACACGCAGUCCAAGAUCCAGAAGCUCUCCGACACGGUGUUCGCCGUCGGCGAGCAGCUCGCCCGCGCCCGCCGCGCGGGCCGCAUGUCCUCCCGCAUCGCCGCGGGGUCCACCCCGAAGUCCCUCCACUGCCUCGCCAUGCGCCUCCUCGAGGCCCGCCUCGCCAAGCCCUCCGCCUUCGCCGACGACCCCGACCCGUCACCGGAGUUCGACGACCCCUCGCUGUACCACUACGCCGUGUUCUCCGACAAUGUGCUCGCCGUCUCCGUCGUGGUAGCCUCGGCCGCGCGCGCCGCGGCCGACCCGUCGCGGCACGUCUUCCACGUGGUCACCGCGCCCAUGUACCUUCCGGCAUUCCGCGUCUGGUUCGCCCGCCGCCCGCCACCGCUCGGCGUGCACGUCCAGCUCCUCGCUUACUCCGACUUCACCUUCCUUAACGAAACCUUCUCUCCGGUGCUCAGACAGAUCGAGGCCGGUAAGAGGGACGUGACAUUGCUCGAUUACCUGAGGUUCUACCUCCCACAUAUGUUCCCGGCACUGCAGAGGGUGGUGCUCUUGGAGGACGAUGUGGUAGUUCAGAAGGAUUUGGCCGGACUUUGGCACAUCGACUUGGAUGGGAGGGUGAAUGGUGCUGUGGAGAUGUGCUUCGGGGGAUUCAGGAGAUACAGCAAGUACCUCAACUUCACGCAGGACAUUGUGCAGGAGCGGUUCAAACCUGACGCGUGUGCUUGGGCCUAUGGGGUCAAUGUGUAUGAUCUUGAGGCAUGGCGACGGGAUGGCUGCACGGAGCUUUUCCAUCAGUACAUGGAAGUGAAUGAGGAUGGUGCACUUUGGGAUCCCACGUCUGUUCUACCUGCUGGGCUGAUGACAUUCUAUGGCAAUACAAAACCACUUGACAAAUCAUGGCAUGUAAUGGGCCUUGGCUAUAAUCCAAGCAUCAGUCCUGAGGUUAUCACUGGUGCUGCAGUAAUACAUUUUAAUGGUAAUAUGAAACCAUGGCUUGAUGUUGCGUUGAACCAGUACAAAGCUCUGUGGACAAAGUAUGUUGACACUGAAAUGGAAUUCCUGACACUAUGUAACUUUGGUCUCUGAAGGAAUAUGAAAACUGCUCCCGACAAUAAGGAAAGCACUGAUAUGCUUUUAUUUUUCUGGGCAGGAGAACUUACGUGAGUGUUAUCUCUGUCAUCUGUAACACAAAGUUUCCUUUGUAGCAAUUUUGUACAACUGUGCUGGCAGAAAUGUUCUUGUAGUAUUGUUCUUUUAGCUACAAUGUAUUGGACCAUCAUGGCGUAGAGUAUGACAGUCUGUUGGAAGUUAUAGAUGAAUGUUACUAUAUUAUUAAUAGCAAACUUAUCUCCCAAAUGUAUUUAUCCAAAAAGGAGAAAAAGUUAUAGAUCCAGUGAGUCAGUGACAUUUUAUUUUUCCUAUGUUCCCCUAUAUCUCACUCUGGUCCACUAAUAAUCAUUCAGUAUUUUAUUGAGGCAUGGUGUUACUGAACAGAAGUGCGUAAGUU